UCAACCUGAAAUAGUAUCAAGUUUUGAUUCGAUGUUGUUUUGAUUAUUUUACCAAUUUCUAGCAUUCAAGUUUAAAUAAUAGAUAAGUAUUUUUUUGAUGAUAAAAAAAAGAGAAGCAAAACAUUUUUGUGGGAAGUCUUCAACUGCUUUUAUUACUUCAGGCUAUGCAAUGCGUACUACUUCAAAUAGCAUUGUUUAUAUAGGAAUAUGUGCUUUCUGUAUUUUAUUACUUGUUAUAUACGCAUCUUAUAAGUGUCCUGGUAAUCCUGAAAUUCACGUAUCGCUUCACCAAAGUUACAACAGCAGUCUUCACGCAACUUCGAACGAAUUGAGAUAUCGUAACCCAUUUUGUGAAAACAUCUUGUAUAAUUUGAGCAAUGGUCAGUGGGUGAAAAAGAUUAAUAGUUUUAAUAAAAAUGAGGAAGAAUAUGAGAAAUUACUGAAAGAAGAAGAGGAAUUGGAUUCUUCCUUGACUGAAUUUCGUAUAAAUCGUGGAAUACAUACACGACUGUGGAGAGAUGAUAACAAAUGUGGAUUUACCAACGUGCAGACGAAGCCAAAAGGAAAUGCGUGGGAAGCUCCUGUAGGAGGUUGGUGUGAUGCAAAAAGUGAGAGACCUUGUUGCAGUGACAUUAAUGAUGGUGAUUGUGGAAGCAUAUGUGAUUGUCCCAAUUGCGUCGAUACCAGGAAGAUAUAUCACGCUGAAAUAAGUGAUUGGAUUCCAUUUGAUUCUUCAUGUAGACGACGAAACUACACAGCAGCACAAGCUUGUGAAGUUGUUAAUCGAUUCUCUCAAAUUUAUUUUGUUGGCGAUUCUUUUGUGAGAAAAAUGGCACGGGGUUUUGUUUUGACUUUAAGGUCAGAUCCAACGUAUGGAUUUUUACUGGCACGGUAUGAUGAAAAUUUCACCAAACUAUGUGUUGGUGUUGACCAGUUCUAUUGGAAAGAAUGCAGAACUCACGGGGGUGAGAUACUAAAAACUCUCCUGGAUAAAACUCCUUUUUGUGGAAGUCAGACACCGCUCGUUACCCUCAAUUAUUUUUACAACCAUCAACAUGCAAACGCGUUUUUAAAUUUAGUGAAGAGAUUAACAGGAAAAGUUGGUUCAGUUUUGCUGGUUGGUCAGGGUGUACACGAUAGAUGCAAAUCUGAAGUGACUAUUAAAAAAUUUUUGAAUCCCGUCAUUCAAUAUUUGGCUGAUUUCUACAAAGAUUCUGACAACACGACUGUUGAACCCUCGAAUAAAUUGAAGAAGAUUCAUCGAUGGCCACAUAUCAUGUUUAUGUAUCCUGACUCUAACGGAAUAUUAAAACCAAAAGCAUAUCAUGCAGCAAACGGUGAUAUUGUUUGUAAAAAAUUUUCUCGAGAAAUGAAAGUGUAUUGCGAUGCUCAUAAUAUUCCUGUACUUGAUUUCUCCAGUCUUACAUCAAGAGUUCACAGUUACGAUGGAGCACAUCACGGUCUAGGAGUAAAUAUUAUGAAAGUCCAAAUUUUGCUCAAUUACCUCGACUACAUAUCAGAAUCUGCUGGAUAUUUAAGAUGAAAAAAACUGUUCCAUGUUUACGUAGUUAAAUACAUCUAGGAAUAAGCUACUCAAUAUCUAAUCUAGAACAAAACCCCUGGACCCUAACUCACCGAUUAUUGUUCCUGAGUAAAGUAAUAUUAAUCUAUUUGUUGACUCGGAUGUAUUUGCUACUUUAUAUUUGAAAUAUGGCCUGAUUAUCUAUUGAAAUUUAUAUAUAAAUUCAUAUUUGAAUUACCGCCUUGUUGCCACAUUUCGAUACUAUCGUUGUUUUAUUAUUAUUAAUGCUUCUUUGAACAGUUACAAAAUUAGGCAUGCCAGUAUUUUAAUUAGUCGAAUAGAUGGCGUAGCCCCAAGGUUUCUCCCAUGAAGCACAGGGGGAACAUGUGCUCCAGAUAGAGAGCUGUUAUCCCAGCGACAUUACUUUAAAAUCCGUAUUAAGUUAUUAGAUAUGACAACAACACAAAUCGUUAGUUAACUAAUUCACUAAUGGUAUUUAUAUAAUAAUAAUUGCGUUGUUAUUUCGAACAAAUUUAUAAAAAAAUCCGAAGAAAGUUUUUCCCAUGCUUCUUUCAUUCUGUUCAUUCAUUUUAAUUAUUUGUUUCAACUAAUCUUUAC